CACAUCAGCUACAUGGAAGCAGGAAACCACACAGGAGUAUCAGAAUUCCUCCUCCUGGGUCUCUCAGAGGAUCCUGAACUGCAGCCCCUGCUCUUUGGGCUGUUCCUGUCCAUGUACCUGGUCACCGUGCUCGGGAACCUGCUCAUCAUCCUGGCCAUCAGCUCUGACUCCCAGCUCCACACCCCCAUGUACUUCUUCCUCUCCAACCUGUCCUUUGUCGACAUCUGCUUCAUCUCCACCACUGUCCCAAAGAUGUUGGUGAACAUCCAGGCACAGAGCAAGGACAUCUCCUACAUAGGAUGCCUCACUCAGGUGUGUUUCUUUACACUUUUUUCUGGAAUGGACAAUUGCCUCCUGACUGUGAUGGCCUAUGACCGGUUUGUGGCCAUCUGCCACCCCCUGCACUACAAUGUCAUCAUGAACCCACGCCUCUGCAAUCUCCUGAUUCUGAUAUCUUGGGUCAUUAUUCUCUGUAUCUCCUUGCUUCAUAUUCUGCUGAUGGUGCAGUUGACCUUCUGUAUAGGCACUGAAAUUCCACAUUUCUUCUGUGAACUGGCUCAGAUUAUCAAGUUAGCCUCCUCUGACACUCUCAUUAAUAACAUCUCCUUGUAUGUGGCAACUGCCCUGCUGAGUGUGUUUCCUCUCACUGGGAUCCUCUUUUCUUACUCUCAGAUUGUCUCCACACUAACGAGGAUGUCCUCUGCAGGAGGAAAAUAUAAAGCAUUUUCCACCUGUGGGUCUCAUCUCUCUGCAGUGUCCUUGUACUAUGGGACAGGCCUUGGGGUCUACCUCAGUUCUGCUGUGACCCAUUCUUCCAAGAGAAGCUGUAUCGCUUCAGUGAUGUACACUGUGAUCACCCCCAUGCUGAACCCCUUCAUCUACAGCCUGAGGAACAAGGAUGUGAAAGGGGCCCUGGGAAGGCUCCUGAGCCGAGCAUCCUCUUGUCUGUGAUGGGUCACUGGCCUCAGAACUAACUGGACACUGUGGGCCCCAAAGGCAAAUGUUGCAAAUUUAAAUCUCCUGGUUCUUUUUCUCCCCUAAAACACAUGCUUGAUUUCUUCAGUUUCCAAAACACCCAUGACUUCACUUUUAUUUGUUUUUAUUAAGUUCUCCUAAACAGCUCCCACAGUAAUUCCUUUUUGACUUUUCCUGCUUAUGUGCCGUCCAGAAAGUUCUAUGUUUGGUCAGCUGUCUUGCGGCCAAUCUUAAGAUUUCUAACUUUAUAUUUAAAGCAUUUAUCAUGUCAAGUGCUGGUGUGGUUUCCCCCAAAACUAUCCUCUCAAGCUUUGAUGCUCCUCACCUUCUCUUGGUUGUGUGUUUGUUUUCUCCAGAAGAAAUUGAAUGAAAAUCACACAGUCGUCACAACAAAGUGCUUACUGUAUCAGGACUGUGCUUGUUUCUUCACGUGUAUGAUUUUAUUUCAUCUUUGAAACAUUUCUUUGAGACACUUUCCUUCAUUCACCCCACUUUUCAAAAGAAGAGACUAAGAUUGAGUUGGACUAUGGCCUCGCUAGCUGACGGUGACUUUGCUACCCUACUUUUCAGAAGAACAGUGAUGUGAUUUUCAAUUUCAAAGUAGGAAUGUGGAUUUGGAAGCUGGUUUGUUCAGAUGAUUGAUGGUAAUAUACCGCCUAGAAUAUUGCUUCAUUCUUUAUAAUGAAUAACUACAAUUCUUCCAAGUUCUAGAGGCCCCCUUCAUUCAUUGGCUCAUGGCCCCUUCCUCCAUCUUCAAAGUCGCCAGUAUGGCAUCUUCCAAUCUCUCUCG